GACGGAGGGGACACGCGGCCAGCAUGGCAUUGGGAGAUCUCAUGGCCUCCAGGCUCGUCCACUCCUCGUCCUCUCCGUCGCCGUCGCCGGCCGCGCCCCCGGCGCCGCUGCCGAACCACCACCACCAGCACAACAACCACGUCACGGAUGACCUCCCCGUGGCGAACGGGCCGGAGCCCAGGAAUGGGCUCGAGCCCGCCGAGGUGGAGAAGCCGGAGCCCGUGGCGUACCUGCCCCAGGUGGUGGUGCUGUGCGAGCAGCGCCACGAGGCGCUCGACGAGGCUGCGGCGGCCGCCGCCGGGCCCUCCACCACCGGCCUGGUCUCCAAGUGGCGCCCGAAGGACCGGAUGAAGACUGGAUGUGUUGCACUUGUACUAUGUUUAAACAUAAGUGUUGAUCCACCGGAUGUAAUUAAAAUUUCCCCUUGUGCAAGAAUGGAGUGCUGGAUAGAUCCAUUUUCAAUGGCACCUCCUAAAGCCCUUGAAAAUAUCGGAAAAACAUUGCACUCACAGUAUGAACGCUGGCAACCUAAGGCUCGUUACAAGCUUCAGCUAGAUCCAACAGUGGAGGAAGUGAAGAAGCUUUGUAAUACUUGCCGUAAAUAUGCCAGAUCAGAGAGAGUACUUUUCCAUUACAAUGGCCAUGGUGUCCCAAAGCCUACAGCUAAUGGUGAGAUUUGGGUGUUUAACAAGAGUUACACACAGUAUAUUCCCCUUCCAAUUACUGAUCUUGAUUCAUGGCUAAAAACACCUUCCAUUUAUGUUUUUGACUGCUCAGCAGCUGGAAUUAUUGUGAAAGCUUUUCUAGAGCGCCUAGACUGGAGUUCUAGCUCCUCUGCAUCUUCACAGAAGGAUUGCAUUCUUCUUGCUGCCUGCGAAGCACAUCAAACACUUCCUCAGAGUGCAGAAUUUCCUGCUGAUGUGUUUACAGCUUGCCUCACAACACCCAUCAAGAUGGCAUUGCACUGGUUUUGUAAACGAUCAUUACUCCGAGGUUCUAUGGAUCAUUCUCUUAUAGACCAAAUCCCCGGAAGGCAAAAUGACCGUAAAACUCUUCUUGGAGAGCUGAAUUGGAUUUUCACUGCUAUUACAGACACUAUUGCCUGGAAUGUUCUUCCUCAUGAUCUGUUCCAAAGGCUUUUCAGGCAAGAUCUUCUGGUUGCUAGUCUCUUUCGCAACUUCUUGCUUGCUGAGAGAAUCAUGCGAUCUGCUAAUUGUUCUCCAAUUUCUUAUCCAUUGUUGCCGCCAACACAUCAACACCAUAUGUGGGACGCAUGGGACAUGGCUGCUGAGAUUUGUCUUUCCAAGCUUCCUCAGUUAAUUGCUGAUCCAAAUGCAGAGUUUCAGCCAAGCCCAUUUUUUACGGAACAGCUGACGGCUUUUGAAGUGUGGCUUGAUCAUGGUUCUGAGGACAAGAAGCCCCCUGAACAGUUACCUAUAGUUCUUCAGGUCCUGCGUAGUCAGUCACAUAGAUUUAGAGCACUUGUUCUGCUUGGAAGGUUUCUUGACAUGGGACCAUGGGCAGUUGAUUUGGCCCUGUCUGUUGGAAUCUUCCCUUAUGUGCUCAAACUGCUUCAAACAAGUGCAAUGGAGUUGCGUCAAAUUCUUGUGUUCAUAUGGACAAAAAUUCUCUCUCUUGAUAAGUCGUGCCAGGUUGACUUGGUUAAAGAUGGAGGACAUGCAUAUUUUAUCAGGUUUCUUGACAGUUUGGAUGCUUACCCAGAGCAGCGUGCUAUGGCUGCUUUCGUAUUAGCAGUUAUUGUGGAUGGGCAUAGAAGGGGUCAAGAGGCCUGUAUUAAUGCAGGUCUUAUAGAUGUUUGCCUGAGACAUCUGCAACCUGAAAAUCCACAUGAUGCACAGACAGAACCUUUGCUUUUGCAGUGGCUUUGUUUAUGCCUUGGCAAACUCUGGGAAGAUUUCCCUGAGGCUCGGUUACUUGGUCUGCAAUCAAAUGCACCAGAAAUUGUAGCUUAUUUGUUAUCAGAGACACAACCUGAGGUCAGAGCUUCUGCUGUUUUUGCAUUAGGGAAUCUCCUGGAUAUGGGAUCAACAUCAUUAAACGGUGUCGAUGAUGAUUCUGAUGAUGACGAGAAAUUAAAAGCUGAAACAAUUGUCGUUCGAAGCCUUCUGCAGGUCUCCUCAGAUUGUAGCCCCCUUGUUAGAUCUGAGGUUGCUAUAGCGCUUACUCGGUUUGCAUUGGGUCACAAUAAGUAUCUCAAAUCUGUUGCUGCUGAGUAUUGGAAACCUCAAACCAAUUCAUUGCUGAAGUCACUGCCGUCACUAGCCAAUAUAAGUAGUCCAAACAAUGCCUACAGUCCCAACAACAUUCGACAAGGCAGCAGUGGCCUUGGUUCUCAUAUUGGUCCUGUGCUAAGGGUUGGCAGUGAUAGCAGUGCCACUGGCCGUGAUGCAAGAAUUUCUACGAGCAGCCCGAUUGCAACAAGUAGUAUCAUGCAUGGCUCUCCCCAGUCAGAUGAUUCUUCCCAACACUCUGAUUCAGGCAUAUUACUGAAAGAGAAUGCAAGUAAUGGUGGUCUCAGCUACAACAGAUCGAGACCUGUUGAUAGUGGCAUUUAUUCUCAAUUUAUAUCAACUAUGUGUUCUGUUGCUAAAGAUCCUUACCCAAGAAUUGCAACUAUUGGUCGGAGAGCACUGUCCCUUAUAGGUGUUGAGCAAGUGGUAAUGAAAAAUAGUAGAUUUAACAGUGGAGGUACACAUCAAGGAGAGACAUCUGCACCUCCAUCAAACUUUGGCAUGGCACGCUCUUCUUCCUGGUUUGAUAUGAAUUCUGGAAACUUCUCAAUUGCAUUUAGGACACCUCCUGUUAGCCCCCCUCAGCAUGAUUAUCUUACAGGAUUACGCCGAGUGUGUUCUAUGGAGUUCAAACCACAUCCUAUGAAUUCACCUGAGGGCUUAGCUGGUCCCCUUUUAAGCUCUGUUGCGGCUCCCAGUAAUGCUGAACUAAGUAUACUUCCCCAAUCAACAAUCUACAACUGGAGUUGUGGUCACUUCUCUAGGCCACUUUUAACUGGUUCUGAUGAUAAUGAAGAAGCCAAUGCUAGAAGAGAAGAGAGAGAACAAAUUGCAUUAGGUUGCAUUGCUAAGUGCCAGCGAUCCUCAGCUUGCAAGAUGACAAGUCAAAUUGCUAGUUGGGAUACAAGGUUUGAGACGGGUACAAAAGCAGCAUUAUUGUUGCCAUUCUCUCCAAUCGUCAUUGCAGCUGAUGAAAAUGAGCAAAUAAGAGUGUGGAACUAUGAUGAUGCGCUACCAGUGAACUCUUUUCAAAACCAUAAGUUGUCCGAAAGAGGGCUAUCUAAACUCUUGCUUAUCAAUGAGCUUGAUGAGAGCUUGCUUUUAGCUGCCUCAAGUGAUGGAAAUGUACGUAUAUGGAAAAAUUUUACUCAAAGUGGAGGACAAAAACUUGUAACUGCUUUCUCAUCGGUUCAGGGUCAUCGAGCUGCUGGUCGCAGUAUUGUGAUCGACUGGCAGCAGCAAUCUGGUUAUCUGGUUAAAUGGGUUUUCAAGGACGAUUUCACCAGGCCAGUUACCAUCCAGAGCAAAUAUUAGCGGAUAUAACCAAGCUUGGUUUUCAGUUACGCUUCCUCUGAAGGCCAUCUCACAUUCAUCCCUCUCACAUAUUUCAUGCCACUCACCUCGUAAGGAUGGCAACAAAUUAGAUCCUCCGAAAGAAACAAAAUCUUUCAGUAAUUCAUGGCCUGAAAGGCAAUUCCCAUCUACAUCGAAGCCUAUACUUCAAAGUGCAGUCACCCCAUCAACAUUGGGAUCACCACGUUCAACAAUUUAAGAUUUCCACAACAUCCUAGACUUUUCAACGCGAAUCGCACGUUCUUCA